AUGUAUGACAUUGUAAAGAGAGAGCAGGAUCGGAAGAAUUAUCAAUCUAAUCUGUGUUAUGGUGGCAGUGACAUCACAGCUGCUGUGCGAGAGAACAGCCCAAAUGGAGAAUUCAUUGCAAAUCUCAGCAUAAUAGGGAACCCUGGGGUGAACAGCAUUCGCCUGUGCCUAACUGGAGAUAAUGCUGACUGGUUUUUCCUAGAAGGUAAAACCAUCAGGUUAAACUCUUCUUCCACAAGAGUACUGGAUCGGGAGGAGCAGGGUUCCAUUUUGGUGGCAUCCAUGACCUGUUAUGAAAAUGAUUCAAUUCAGACUACAAAUCGAAUCAUGGUUGAGAUCCUUAAUGAAAACGACAAUAGACCUGAAUUCCUUCCACACUCAAUUCAGCCUCUGAACAUAAGUGAGCUGUCUUCAGUGAACACUAUUAUAUUUACGGUGCAAGCUCGAGAUGCAGACCAUGAUACUAUUGUAUAUAUUAUUGAUACCACUUUGCCUGAUGCCAGCUACUUCAAGAUAGACUUGCCAAACAGCGGGAGAGUUGUCUUGGCCAAACCAUUGGAUUAUGAAACAAAAUCACAACUGGAAUUAAUCAUUUUUGCUGUGGAAAUGAAUACAGACCAAAAGUAUAAUACUUCGGCGACAAUACAAAUCAAUGUCCUGGAUGGAGAUGAUCAGUAUCCUCAGUUUCUUCCAUGCACCCCCUGGUCACAAGACCAGACCAGAUCAGUCUGCACAAACCCAGUCUAUACAGUGAAUGUUACAGAAAAACAACAGGGUGGCUCUUUACAUUUUUCCCCUGGUCCAAUUUAUGCAGAGGAUGGCGAUAAAGGUUUAAGGACCCCAGUAAAAUACACUAUUCUCUCAGGCACAGAUAAUGGCAGAUUCAGAAUAAACAAUGUUACCGGGGAAGUUAUUAUGACAAGGCCUGUGGAAAAUAGAUUACUGACACCAACCCUUAGGCUUCGAAUUAUGGCAUUCCAGGUAGACGAUCUAAAAAAAUACACAGUGGCUACAGCUCUGAUAAGAGUGUUAGCUGUGAAUCACUUUCCACCACAGUUUAACCAAACUACAUACAAGGGGUUUAUCAUGGAAAACCCAGGCCCUGCAGCCCUUGUAACUACAUAUAGAAAUGCAGUUCUACUGGUACAGGCCCUUGAUCGAGAUUUCAGAGAGGGGUUGAAUCCUAAAAUCCAGUAUUCUCUUACACCAAAGUCCAACAACACUAGGGUCUACCAGAUCACACAGGAAGGACUGCUAAUCGCCAAAGCAAAUCAGCUCCGGCCACACGAGAAACAUUUCUUGGAGGUAAUCGCAGUGGAUCAGGAAUCAGGGGAAACUGCAAAGGCCUCAGUUGAUAUUGAAGUUCUACAUAAUGGUCAAGAAGGUACAACGUAA